AUGUUACUUUUCAAAGGGGGUGUACUCAUUUAUGCUGAGCACUGUACUAGUGAAAUAUACAAAGUUGAUUAUAACCAAACAAACAACAACAACAAAGCAACACACUCAACACACCCAUCAAUUCCAUACCAGGUUGAGCAGCACCCAAUGACUAGUAAGACCAUACCUUAGUCACUUUUACAAUUAUGUUACCGCUUGUUCUAUUCAGGGUAUGCAGGAGCCUUAGGACAGGCCAUCACAGUAAAGACUUAUUCAUAAAGCAUAAAUCAUUAUAAAACACUACAGUGCACUCUGUGCAGUAACAUAUAAGCAGGGAGGACUCAACCUUGGGUAGCCUAAUUAACUGACAUGAUUCAGAUGGCAGGCAAACUCAUUUUAAUCUUAUGAAAGGAAGGUUAAAAGACUAAUACACAGGGUCUUCUUGUCUUCAACUGUGACCUCAUCAGUCAAUAAGGCAGGAAGAUGGUUUGACGUGGCAAUCAAGAUGAGUGAUCAUAGAUCUCCAGAUCUUCAUAAUCUGACAGAAUUAUUCCAUUCACAAUCCGGAUCUAAGGAUUUUCCCUGUAAGCCAGCUGGACAUAUUCAGACAUAAAAAGAGCAGAGGAGUCUUUGCAUCCCUCCUCACAGAGUCUCUCUUUAUGUUCAGGUUGGAAAUGGCCAUAACUGCAUCAGAAAGCACUAUGCCAGCCAGUGCAGUGAAUGAUGACAUCAUGCCAAGGAUCGGCUACACUAUUCUGGCAGUUAUUAUUGGUUUCUUCUCUGUUUUUGGCAUCAUAUUGAACAUGACCGUGAUCGUGGUGACGCUGAAGCACAGGCAGCUGCGGCAGCCGCUGAACUUCGCUCUGGUCAACCUAGCUGUGGCUGAUCUCGGUUGUGCAAUGUUUGGAGGACUGCCAACCACAGUGACCAAUGCCAUGGGCUACUUCAGCCUGGGCAGGGUGGGAUGUGUGCUAGAGGGGUUUGCUGUGGCCUUCUUUGGUAUUGCUGGCCUGUGCUCAGUUGCCAUAAUUGCGGUUGAGCGCUGCUUGGUGGUUUGCAGACCGGUGGGUUCCAUCACCUUUCAGACGAGACAUGCAGUCACAGGAGUCGUCAUGGCCUGGGUCUGGUCGUUCCUCUGGAACACCCCACCUCUUUUUGGAUGGGGUAGAUAUGAGCUGGAGGGUGUGAAGACGUCUUGUGCACCUGACUGGUACAGCAGAAAUUUGGCCAAUGUCUCCUACAUCAUGUGUUACUUUCUCCUCUGCUUUGCACUGCCUUUCUCUGUCAUUGUCAUCUCCUACACUCGCCUCCUGUGGACCCUGCGGCAGGUGAGCAGACUGAAAAUGUCAGAGGGAGGAAGCACUGCCAGGGCCGAGGCACAGGUGGCCUGUAUGGUGGUUGUCAUGGUGAUGGCCUUCCUGCUCACCUGGCUGCCCUAUGCUGCAUUUGCCCUGUCUGUGAUCUUAGACCCAAACCUUUACAUUGACCCAGUGAUCGCCACAGUUCCCAUGUAUCUGGCCAAGAGCAGCACAGUUUUCAACCCCAUAAUCUACAUAUUCAUGAACAGACAGUUCAGAGAGCAUGCUGUGCCAUUCCUACUCUGCGGCAGAAACCCGUGGGCCGCUGAGCCAGUAUCAGAGGAAGAGACCACAGUAUCAUUUAUCGGCAGGAGCAACAAGAUCUCACCUUCAUCAUCUCAAAUUAAUGAAGGGUUAGCCCCUUCUAAUUGAUAAAAAUAUUAUCUUGAUGUUUUCACUGGGAUUGUUGAUUUGAACUGUGUUCAUUCAUUUAUAUUGCAUUCGAAAAGAUGAAUGAAUGUGCUGCUAAUCCAAUUAAAACUCCAUGUAAUCAUAUUAUAGAUAAUAUUCUUGACUUCUUCUUCCACCAUAUGUGAUUAUCUGUGCUUUUAGCUGAUUAAAUGGAGACUUGCUUAUUAGCAGCAUCUUUAGAUGAUAGACUGAUUAAUGCUCCCACACAA